AUGGGUUGUCUUAACUUAACCAGUGGAAAUGAGACUGGCAGGCACCCUUAUACUGUGCAGACCUCUGUGCCUUUAACCAUCCUAGUGGGUAUCCUCAUCCUGCUAACUGUGUUUGGCAAUGUCAUGGUGGUGAUUGCUGUGAUCACCAGCCGAGCCCUGAGAGCGCCUCAGAACUUAUUUUUAGUCUCUCUGGCAUGUGCGGACAUUCUGGUUGCCACCUCAGUGAUGCCUUUUUCUUUAGCCAAUGAACUGAUGGGUUACUGGCACUUUGGGAAAGUAUGGUGUGAAAUCCACCUGGCUUUGGACGUGCUCUUCUGCACCUCAUCCAUCGUUCACCUGUGUGCCAUCAGCCUGGACAGAUACUGGUCUGUCUCUCAAGCCAUCGAGUACAACCUGAGAAGGACGCCGCGCAGGAUUAAAUGCACAGUCCUCAUAGUUUGGGUACUGGCGGCUAUUAUAUCAUUCCCUCCACUCAUCACAAUGAAGAAGGACGAGGGUAAAGAAGACCGUCCCGAAUGUAAAAUUAAUGAGGAGAAAUGGUACAUCAUAUUCUCCAGCACUGCCUCUUUCUUUGCACCAUGUGUCAUCAUGAUCAUGGUGUAUGUUAGAAUAUACCUGAUUGCCAAGAAAAGAACCAGAGCCCCGCCAGGUAAAAGGCAGAGAGAAUUCGGAAACACAGAAGACGCUAAGUGUGGUUUGGAGAGAAAAGACGGAGAAGAGAGGGAGGAGGAAGAGGGGGACGGAGCAGAGAUCAACGGGCUAGAUCUGGAGGAGGAACCAUCCUCGUCUGAUGGGAAUGACACCGCCCUAUGUUACCUGAAGAAGGGGAAUUGUGUGAGAACAGCCAAAGGGGCUCAGGUGAAGCCGGGGGAAACCUCUCUGAAGCCAGAGGCGCAGCCCUGCGUGGGUCCGAGCAAGUGGAAAGGGAGGCAGUACAGAGAGAGGCGCUUCACAUUUGUUCUGGCUGUGGUCAUGGGAGUGUUUGUUCUUUGCUGGUUCCCCUUUUUCUUCACGUACUCGCUCACAGCUGUGUGUGACGCCUGCUGUGUCCCAGAGACAUUGUUCAAAAUGUUCUUCUGGUUUGGUUACUGCAACAGCUCACUAAACCCUGUUAUUUACACGAUAUUCAAUAAUGACUUUAGGGGGUCUUUUAAAAAGAUCCUUUGUAAAAGGAACAGAGUACGUUUAUAA